AUGAAGUUUACAACGAUUCUGUCAGUCGGCAUGCUGCUACUCGGCGUUGCGGAAGCGCAGGUGUGCUACCGCUGCUUCUAUACCCGGAACAUUGGCUGCGGUGCCUGCAACGACAAAACCACGAAAUACGACGGCGAGGGUGGUGAUACUUACUGGGUGACAAGUGCAUUGGAGGUUGUCCUGCCGGAGACGGCCAAUUGGUGUACUGCCGUUGCCCCCCCGGCUCUCUUCCUCGCCGCCGCUGCAUCAGCACCGGUACUGCAAUGGGACCCCACCGCUCGCUCGAGUAUGCCGUCGACGGCGGGCGCCCCGCGUGCACGAUACUGGCAGGUCGGUAUAUCGAGGCGCGCAGGUCCGGCGCCAGACGACACGUCUUUUCCCAGGAACCGCUCGCUGGGUCAUAUGCAGACCGUCGAGCCGUCCGCAGGGGUACCUUUGUCAGGUGGGGGACGAACGCGUCGGCGCCGCCGUAGAUGGCGACUUGUCGUUGGAGACGUAGUGGACUGGGAAGCGGUGCGGCAGAGCCAGGCGGACGAUCUCGCAGGUGGCGUCGUAGUUAGCAGGCCGGAUUCUGGCGCACAAGCGCAUGUGGGAGAUGAAGUAGCCGUUGUUGAGGACGGCGUCGGCGGUGGAGAGGCCGAGGCGCUCGUGCGUCAGGGUGCCGGGGACGACAAAGCGGAGACCUUGGGGCUUCGGACAAUGGGUGUUGCUGCGCUGGCGAGCUGUACCUAG